UGUGGUCUUGGUCUUACUUGUUUAUGAUCGUGUGCGUAGGCCUUUAUACCAUUAAGUCCGGUGUAAACUGCAAGUCUCCGCGAUCACUACGAGAGGAAAAAUUUAGAAAGAAACUCUUUUAAAGCACCCUUGACAAGCCGCACAUGAAUCUCGUAAAAACAAGCGCAUAAAUGUAUUUCUCUUGAUAAUCGAGGAAGGCCUGUAGCCGACCAAAGAUGUCGAGUGAAAAUGACAGUGAGAUGGAUUGUUCGGAUUCAGACUGUGGUGAUCCGGGCUAUGAAGAUUAUUACAAUAUUCAUCAAUGGGGUGGCGAAGUGGAUAACGAUGUCGAUCCUGAACAAAACAGAAGAGACCCAGAGUACGCUGUAUACGACUGUUUGCGCGUCGAGGAGGUAGAACGACUCCUGAACGAGAGUGUAGAAGUGUUAAGUAAUAGCCUUCAUGUAACGCCAUCUUUAGCUAAAGUAUUGUUACAUAAACACAAUUGGGCGUUACAAGAUAUUGUCACAAAGUAUCGUAGCAAUGCUUCCAGUUUAUUGAUUAAUUCGAAGAUUAAACCUACUCCAGAACAAGUGCCAGGAUCAAAGGGUCAGAAAGGCGGUGUGUGUUCAGUUUGUGUUACGGUUUCUCCCGCAGAUAGGUUUUCUACACUUACGUGUGGACAUUCAUUUUGCAAAGACUGUUGGUGUAUGCAUUUUGAAGUACAAAUAACUCAAGGUAUAUCUACAAGUAUAAGUUGCAUGGCACAAGAUUGCGAUGUUCUAGUUCCAGAAGAUUUUGUCCUUUCUUUACUUGCUAAGCCUAACAUGAGAGAGAGAUAUCAGCAGUUUGCCUUUUGCGACUAUGUCAAAUCUCAUCCGCAACUACGAUUUUGUCCUGGUCCAAAUUGCCAAAUAGUUCUGCGUUCGAAGGAACAACGAGCAAAGAGAGUCAUGUGUUCAUCAUGCAAAACUGUAUUCUGCUUCCGAUGUGGUAUGGAUUACCAUGCACCUACCGAUUGUGGUACAAUAAAAAAGUGGUUGACAAAAUGUGCGGAUGAUUCCGAGACAGCUAAUUACAUUAGUGCUCAUACCAAAGAUUGUCCAAAAUGUCAUAUUUGUAUAGAGAAGAAUGGUGGUUGUAAUCACAUGCAAUGUUACAACUGUAAACAUGAUUUCUGCUGGAUGUGUCUUGGAGAUUGGAAAGCACAUGGUAGCGAGUAUUACGAGUGUUCGCGAUAUAAAGAGAAUCCGAACAUCGCACAUGAAAGCGUUCACGCGCAAGCGAGAGAAGCUCUCAAGAAAUAUCUUCAUUAUUACGAACGAUGGGAAAAUCACAGCAAAUCGUUGAAAUUAGAGGAACAAACGUUAGAAGGCAUCAAGAUGAGAAUCAAUAAUAAGGUGAUGAAUGCAAGUGGCACAUGGAUAGACUGGCAACAUCUAUUCGAGGCGGCAUCACUCUUAGCGCGUUGUCGUUACACCUUGCAAUACACAUAUCCAUAUGCUUAUUAUAUGGAAUCCAGUCCUCGCAAAGAAUUGUUCGAGUAUCAGCAAGCUCAAUUGGAAGCAGAAAUAGAGAAUCUCUCGUGGAAAAUUGAACGAGCGGAAACGACGGAUCGGGGUGAUCUAGAGAAUCAAAUGGAUAUUGCGGAAAAGCGUCGUGUUACCUUAUUGAAGGAUUUCCUCGAGGCUCCUGGAUCCUCGCCGCGACCAUGUUUGUGACGUCAGAGGCAAGAAAAUACACAUUAAAAAUUCUUAUUGUUACA